UCAGCCGAUAAGGCAGAGUGGAAGCAAGCAAGUAAGCAAGAAACGAAGCGCCCCUUCCAUUCCAAUGGCGACUAUGCAAUUCACUUUCUCUUUACCUCUCUCUCGCCAUUCCCCAACCACUCUAAGAAAUCGAACCUUCCUUCCCAAAGCUUCAGCUUCGAGUUCGUCUUCAGGUUCAGACUCUCUUGAGCUGUUUAGUAGGACCAGGAGAAGGUUCAUCAGCGAAAGCGCUGCAAUUUCGCUGUGGGUCCCUCAACUAGCGAGGUCCGAAGAAGCGUUAUCGGAAUGGGAAAGAGUUUACCUCCCUAUUGAUCCUGGCGUUGUGCUUCUCGACAUAGCUUUUGUACCUGAUGACCCCAACCACGGUUUUCUUCUUGGGACGAGGCAAACCAUUCUGGAGACAAAAGAUGGAGGAAACACUUGGGGUCCACGUUCAAUACCCUCUGCAGAAGAUGAAGAUUUUAACUAUAGAUUUAAUUCUAUCAGCUUCAAAGGGAAAGAAGGAUGGAUUGUCGGAAAACCUGCAAUUCUAUUGCACACUUCUGAUUCUGGAGACACUUGGGAAAGGAUACCACUUAGUAAUCAACUUCCAGGGGAUAUGGUAUACAUAAAGGCAACUGGUGAGAAGAGUGCAGAGAUGGUGACUGACGAAGGUGCAAUAUAUGUUACAUCAAACAGAGGCUACAACUGGAGGGCUGCUGUUCAGGAAACAGUGUCAGCUACUCUCAAUAGAACAGUUUCUAGUGGUAUUAGUGGUGCAAGCUAUUACACUGGAACUUUCAAUACUGUCAAUCGCUCUCCAGAUGGAAGAUAUGUUGCAGUCUCAAGUCGUGGCAACUUCUACUUAACUUGGGAGCCUGGUCAGCCAUUCUGGCAGCCGCAUAACAGAGCAGUUGCCAGAAGAAUCCAGAACAUGGGAUGGAGAGCUGAUGGUGGUCUAUGGCUUCUUGUUCGUGGAGGUGGUCUUUAUCUGAGCAAGGGUACAGGGAUAACUGAAGAAUUUGAGGAGGUUCCUGUUCAAAGCCGGGGUUUUGGCAUUCUUGAUGUGGGGUAUCGUUCAACGGAGGAGGCUUGGGCAGCAGGAGGAAGUGGUAUUCUCUUGAGAACUACUAACGGUGGCAAGUCAUGGAUCCGUGACAAAGCUGCUGACAACAUUGCUGCAAAUUUAUACUCAGUGAAGUUCAUUGAUGACAAGAAAGGGUUUGUAUUGGGGAAUGAUGGAGUCUUGCUUCGCUACCUUGGAUAGAGUGUAAUUCAACAUGGUUUGUCAACUCGAUUGCAAUUUUGUAGCAGAUUACGUGUCCAUGUUUAGUAUUCAUUACUGUGAAGAGAGCUCUGGGAUCAAAUAGACUCCUUGCUGUUAUGCCAAAAACGUGAGGAGAUAUAGAAAACUUUACUACUGUGAAGAGAGCUAUAUUAUGUAAAUUUAACGUUGUUAUUGCUAUGUUACUAUUGCAUAAAAAUGCAAUUUUAUGCUGCAUAUGUUGUUCUGCAGAAGCAGAAUGCAGCGUUUUUUCAAUGACUGGUAUAGGUUAGUCAACUUUGAAACUUGCCCAUAUAACAUCUACAUUUAGUCUUUCCUGGUAAUCACUACAUUUUCUUUUUUAUA